GAAAGUGGCCGUUGACAGUUGGUAACGUUACAGGAGUCUGCUAAUGUGGCUGAACUCAGGCUGGUGCAAAAAUGAACGAAAUUUCACUUAAUACUAUUGACAGCCUCCUUUUUGAAUUUGCUCUUCAAACUCGGGAACUUUCCCUAAAGAAGAAUUCAAUCAACGAACAAAUUAAAGUUUGCAGAGCUGACAUUGCUGAGAAAAGGUCUCACAUUGAAACAAUCCGCAGAAAUACCAAGAGACUUGAGCUAGAAAUCAGGGUGAAGCAGAACUCUGUGAUACACAAUAAAGACAAUUGUAAAAGCAUGAAGGCGAUUAACAGCCUGCUUCUUCAGUAUGAGCAGACAAUGAAAGAAGAACUGGAGAGCAGAAAAGCCAGCUACAACCGUGACAAGGAAGUCUACGAAGAGAGAAUUGCAAGCUAUAAGAAGAUAUUCCAGACGCAUAAAGAAUAUUAUUACCAAAAUCCUCUUGCUCAAAAGCUCCUCACGCUGCAGGAUGAAAAAGAGGAGAUUGAGUGUAGGAUCAAGGCUUGUGAUGAUCGAAUAACAAUGAAACUGAAGGAGCUGGACCGACUUACUGGUCCAGCAGUAAAUUCUUCUUCCACUGAGAAAUUACCAGACAGUGUUUCUGGCCAGCAGCCCAUUACAGAACCAGACAAGCAAUUAGAUUCUCAGACAGAGGAGAAAAGUGAUUCUUCUAUUGACAUCUCCUCUCUUAAUCUCAACCAGACAAAGAUUGGUCAUAAAACCUUAAUAGAGGCAAAUGAUGAAAUUUGUGAGGAAAACAAGGUUCAGGAUACAGCUGCCUGCAGUCCUUCCCCAGAAGAAGCAUGCAAUGAGCUGUGGCCAUGUGAGCAGUUGGAAGAACAAGGCUGGCCAGAUGUGAUGCACACUGACGAGCAGGACCAGGAAACUGGACCACUGGACCCGGUCUUGGAACAGCAUUCCACUGCUUCAGACAUAGAUGAAGCAGUGGAGGAGGAGAUGGAGGAACGACCAGCUAUAGAGGAAGAGCAGGUACCAAACGAAGAGGGCAACAAGGAACUUGUUGCUUUUCGACAGUCAUCAUCUCAGGAAAAUAAUCCUCAGUCCUCUCCUGCGAAAACAAUAGUUGUGCCUUCAACUCCAACAUUUCCAUUUAACUUUAGCCCUGGCAGCUCCCCACAUCAAGGGAUCUCUGCUACCAAAUCUCCAGCUUUCCUGUUUUCUCUGAACUCUGAUCCCAGCACCCCAAGCUUCCCUGGCUUUGGCUUUGAUGUUGGCUCAUCACAGGAUGAGGACUCAUCUUUCGCUUUCACCGGUUCCUUUUUCACUGAAAAGAAAACCACAGAAUCAGAGGUUUCAAGCUGCUCUGAGUUCCCGUUUGGCCAACAAGAGCCAAGUGAAGACUUCCAGUUUGCCUUCACCUCAAAGAGCGAUCAGACAUCUAACAAAGAGAACACCAGUGAGGAUUUUACAUUUUCAUUCAACUUUUAG